CUCGUUGUCUGCAGGGGAAGCUAGAAACAUGUCUGAUACUACAGGAGAACCAUCUCCUUUGAAGGCAGUUAUAGUCCCUGGGAAUGGUGGCGGAGGAAAUAUUGAGUCGUGUAUCUGGUAUGGAUGGACUAAGAAAAAGCUGGACAAGAUCCCAAAGUUCCAGUGCCUGCUUCGAAACAUGCCUGAUCCAUAUAGAGCAAGAGAAACAAUAUGGCUGCCGUUCAUGGAGACAGAGUUGCAGUGCGACGCACACACUAUAAUCAUAGGACACAGCUCCGGCGCAGCUGCAGCCAUGAGGUUUGCUGAAAAGCAUCAAGUUUACGCCAUAGUUUUAGUCUCUGCGUACACAACUGACCUGGGAGAUGAAAACGAGAAAGAAAGUGGUUAUUUUAGCCGUCCAUGGCAGUGGGAUAAUAUAAAAUCUAACUGCCGGAAUAUCAUUCAGUUUGGAUCUACCGAUGAUCCUUUUUUACCGUGGAGUGAGCAGCAAGAAGUGGCAGAUAACUUGGGGGCUGAACUACACAAAUACACGGAUCGAGGACACUUUCAGAACACAGCAUUCCAUGAGCUGGUGAAUGCUGUGAAGGGGCUUAUUACUCCAAAAUAAACAUUGGUCUGUACAUUACUAGUGAAACUAUGGGAAGAUGACAAAACGUUAAGCCAAAAACAAUCUCUAAUUUGGUUGAGUUGGGGAAAACCCAUUUCCAAUUCAUCUUUUCGAGCUAGAUUUUUGGAACUUACCUGUGCGCAUCAGCUCAGUUUUAAUAAAUUAACAUUUCAGUUAGUUGUAUUAUUGUGAAUUCAGCUUUUGUUAUUAUGCAAAUUAGUCAAACAUUUAAAUGGA